AUGGCUCCAUCAGCAACCACCACCGCUACCGCCACGGAGCAGCAUCCUACUCUCACUCUCCGUCCGGAAGGACGUGAGCGUAUCAAGAUCGACGGCAAUGACCGACGAUAUGGCGACUGGAGAGAUGACCUUGUCCGUGAUGGAUAUGCUGUCGUCAAGGGCGCCAUUCCACGGGAGCGAGCUCUGAGCUACGCCAACCGCAUGUACGGACUCAUUGAGAGCUUUGGUCUAGGAUACAACCGCAACGACCCGUCCUCCGUCCACCCCGACAAGCUCCCUGUUAUCAACGAGAAGGGCAUGCUGCUCAACUAUGGUGCCGCCCACGAGGACUUCGUCUGGGGCGUUCGUUCCGAGCCUGGUGUUGUUGAGGCCUUCGAGUUAGCUUUGGGUACUGAGGACCUGAUUGUGUCAUUCGACGCUAUCAACUACGGCUUUGCCAACAGGGAGAACCUCCCCGAGAACAAGCCUUGGCCUCACCAGGAUCAAGACCCCGAUGUUUCUGGAUUCCGCUGUCUGCAGGGACUCGUCAACCUUCUUCCCAACGGUCCUAACGACGGUGGUCUCAUCGUUGCCAAGGGUGGACACGCCAAGAGCACAGAGUUCCACGACGCCAUCCGUGGUACAGAGGAGCGCAUCCCUGCCUGGACCAAGGAGUGGUAUGGCUUCACAGACAAGGGCAUGAAGUGGCUGGAUGAGCACGGCUGUGAGUGGUACAAGGUUGAAGCAGACCCUGGUGAUCUGAUCCUCUGGGACUCUCGAACCCCCCAUUACAAUGUCCCCGUCAAGGGGUCCCAGGAUCGCUUCGCUAUCUACACUUGCUUCAUGCCUGUUACUGAGGCAACUCAGGAGGAUCUUAUCCGUAAGAGAGCCGCAUGGGACGCUCGGAUUGGUACAACGCACUGGCCUAAUGCUAGACAUACUGGCUCUAAUGAGGCUAAGAGGAAUGGAAAGCCUGAUCAUGUGGUGCGCGACAGGCCACUUCAUGACCCCAUUCUCAGCGAGAGGGCGUUUAAGUUGACAGGCAUUCCUUACAUCAAGUCGGAGGCGGCGUAA